CGAUUUGCAAGACUCGCUCUUCCAAAUGGUCAAGUUGCUCGUUCGGCUUGGAAGGAGUGCGAGAGGGCUGUCGAGGAUGUGCGUCGAUCACGGAAUGUGAAGCUGAACAUCAACGGCGAGAUGGUUAUUGCAGAGGUAGAAUACUACUUCCUUGCCCACAUCGAAGCCGACCGCCCCCAACAGGCUCUCGCACUCAUCCGGCCCUACUCACGACCGAACACGACACUCCUCGCGCGAUCUUCCCAAAGUCUCUGGGCAUCUCAACGUGGCUCUGACGAUGAGCUGACAUUGGUGAAUGUAAAGGACAUUCAGGCUGUUGUGGCCAUGUGUCCGUUACCUCAAUGUGCACUGGACAAGGCAGGGAUGCAGUCGGGUAUGUUUCUUAUUGAGAAGCUCGGGCUGGACAUACUGUACAUGGCUGGUGCGAGGGAAGACAUUGAUGAUGAGGACGAUGUACCAUAA